AAUAGUCAAGUAUUAUAAAUGGAGCCAGUCCAAGACAGUUAUUUACUAGGAGGAUUCUUCAACCAUAAAAAGGAGGAAGACUUUAUGAGUGUUGAUUCUGAGAGCAAUGGUUCUAAACCAAAGGAAUCUCAGAGCAAACUAACCUCAAUGCUGAGCUAUUUGUGGAAAAACCCGCUUAUCAAGAUCAGUCAGAAAGAAGAGAGUUUCGAUCCUAUCGAGCUUGGAGACUCUGCUCUUUCCACAAAGGAUGAUUGCGAUAGCUGUAUGAGUACCUAUGAUAAUGUACUUUUAUCGGGUGCAAAAGUAACCCAGGAUUCGAUCAUAUCCAAAGAGAAUGAACUUCUUAACAAAUUCAAAAAUGAUUACGCAGGCCACGAUCACUCCCAACAAUGUGACUCAGACGUUGAUGGGACGGAGGAAGAGUGAACUGGAGAAAAUUGAGAAUACAUCUGUGGAUGCUGAGAAUUCGAUGAUGAUUGAGUUGCACGAGAUAACAAUGGUGACGUCAUUGAUAGGUUCCACUGUGUGCACUACCAUAAACACGAACAGGAGCGUUUCAAGUCUAUAAAAAAGGCAAAGAAGGUCAUUACUAAUUGAAAGAGUUAUAAAGCUAUUGUCAGACAGCUCAAAAAGAUCAAAAAAGUCAAAAACCUCCUAUCCUAAUUGCACCUAACUUAAUUUCUCUCGUCUCAAUUUCCUUA